GGAAGUCAUCUGCUUUUUUUCUGUCAUCGUCUGUCGAAAUUUUACCUGAGAAAAAAACAGUAUAAUAUAAUUUAAAUACUUUUCAGAAUACAGAUCUCGUUAUGUGACGUUUUUAUUUAUAGUACCUAGCCUUUUUAUUCAAAGAUCGUAGCCAAAGAGUCAUUUCAUUUAUGUAUGAAAAGAAUAUAUCGGGAUUAUAGAACCAUAUCCAACCAUGUCACUAUGUGUUGUCUACAAAUGUCAUAUAUGACAAUGAUUACUAUAUAACCCCUUAUAACUUCAUUGAUACAAACUUUCAUAUAAAAUAUUUUUUUCUAUUCAAAAUCAUGGUGAAAGACGAUGACAAGCUCUUAGAAGAAAAGGAAAAACUAAAGAGACAUAUUCUGAAGAUGUUAAAAGAUAACUCACAAAGAUCAAGAAUAGGUAAAAAAAGAAAAAUGGAUAACAGUGAUGAGCCUAAAACCAAGCGUAUGCGUUUAAAAGAUACGAAAGAAGAAACGACAGAUGAUGAGGCAUCAACAUCUAUCGAGGAAAACAUUCAGAAAUACGGAAAAAACUUUUACUGUCCAAAAAUCACCAAGAAAAAGUCUGGAUUAAGGCCUGUGUAUAUAGAUGGCAGUAAUGUAGCUUAUUGUCAUGGUGAAAACGAAAAAUUCUCAGUCAAAGGCAUCCAGAUUUGUGUAGAUUAUUUUUUAAAUAGAGGUCAUGAGGUCAAGGCUUUUGUACCCCAUUACAGACUUAGGAAAGGAGAAAGUAGCGAUCCAGCACUGCUACAAGAACUAGUGGAUAGCAAACUCGUUAUUACUACACCCACUCUUUAUAUCGAGGAGCAGCAAAGAAGUCCUUACGACGACUGGUACAUAGUUCAAGCCGCAGCAGCCAAUGAAGGUAUAGUAGUGUCCAGGGAUAAUUUCAAUGACAUCAUCAGAUGGAAUCCGAACCUUAAAACGGUGGUUGAACAGAGACGAUUGGUGCCUACUUUUGUGGGAGACAUGUUAAUUUUUCCAGUAGAUCCUCAUGGAAACAGAAAAAAUAAUCUGGAUCAGUUUUUAAAAUAUUAACUAAACAUAUUAUUUUUCAUCUAAAGAGAGAGAAAAAAGAAAAACCUUUGUAGUAUGUCAUUUUAUAAAUAGUGUGUUAAUAACAUGUAUAAUACAAGCGUACUAAUUUAUACAAGGUGUUUCUCUUAAAUACGUAUUAAUAUUUAUUUUUCCUAUAUCAUUAGUCUAUUUCGACCGCAGAAUCUGAAUCUAUAUAAAGGGGAUCCAAAUUGGAAUCGGGAAACUUUGGCAACAUAUUCUGCAAAUAAAAAUGAAUAAAAAAUAAAAAAGUUCGUAUAAAAUCAUGUCCUAAAAUGCUUCGUUUUGAAGACACAGGGACAAUCAUUUAUCUUUUUUUUUCGGAUGAAAUCUCGCAUCUGGUUGUUUUUUGACAUUAUAAAUUCAGUUUCAAUGCCAGAUGACCCCUACAUGUAUAUAAGGCGUGACCUACAUGUUCUUUAACUGUUUUGAAGAGUAAUAACUUUUUGUCCGUACCUGUAUAAAACUACGAAGAGAAAAAUAAAUUUCCGCCUUAUUUUAUGUAAAAAAGAUCUCUUUGUAAAAAUCGCUACGAGUAAUGGUUCUCAAAAUAUUUGGAAUAAAAAUAGAACAUAUUGACUAGACUAUUGUUAUUAGACUGAAAUAAUAAAUUUGAAAUGUCUUGUGCUAAAGUUUCAACAGAAACUAUUUUAUCAUAAUUUUGUCUAGAAAAUUUUUUAAAUAAACAUAACGACAUGUAUUGACUAUUUGAAUUCCAAAUCUCUUGAGAACGGUUGCUCGUAGGGAUUUUUACCAAAAGACCUUUUUUACGUAAAAAAUGAAGAAAAUGUGAUAGUGUAAUACGUAUUAAGUAUACGGACAAAAAGUUAUUACUCUUCAAAACAGCUAAAAAUAUAUAGGUGGCGCCCCCUACAAGCAGGAGUCAUACUGACAUCGAAAUCGAAUUUCUCAUGUCAAAAAUCACCCAGACACCAAUUU